AGAUCAGAGAGAGGCUGCAGCAUCUCUGCUGCCUGAGCACUAAAGACCCCAGGAAACUGGGAGCAGGGAGCGGGACUGGGUGGAGUAUCCAACCCUGGGAAGCAGACGGGGGCAGAUCAGAGCAGAGAGAGAGCCUGGAGCUUCCCUUCUCUGGAAGUCAGACAGAGCAGAGCGGGCAGGCGGGAGCAGGGAGUGACUGUGGAUUGUUCCCUCCUGACCCCGUCAGCAGUAGAAGCCACUGGGCUCUAUCCAUCCUACCGCCCUGAUGAUCCUGUCUCUGUGCCUCUUGCUUCCCGCGCUGGGUCCCAGCAGCCAGGAGAUCUGCUCAGCUCCCGGUGCUCUCCCUGCCCCCACUCUCUACCUGAGCCAGACGUCUGUGAAGCCGGGGGAAUCCGUGCAGCUCCAGUGCUCUGUGAUCUCCCAGCUCCUAGCCACCCGCAUCGUCUUCUGUCAGGACGGGGAGGAGGUUUCAUCCCAGAGGGGCUUAUUGGGGAAACUCACUUACAACUCUGACCAUGCAAUAUCUGGGGGCAGUUCCGGGAAUUACUCCUGCGGGUACGAGAUCAAGGACAAUGACAACCAGGUGAUCAGGUCCCAGCUCAGCCCUCCACAGCACCUCAUCAUCAGCGGCGCUCUCCCUGCCCCCACCCUCUACCUGAGCCAGACGUCCGCCCGGCCGGGGGACUCUGUGCGACUCCAGUGCUCCGUGUUUUCCUGGGCCCUGGCCACCCGCAUCGUCUUCUUUAAGGACGGGGAGGAAGUUUCGUCCCAGAGGAGCUUAUUGGGGAAACUCACCUACGACUAUGACCAUGUGGUGUCUCGGGGCAGCUCUGGGAAUUACUCCUGUGGGUACGAGAUCAAGGGCAGCAAGAACCAGGUGACCAGAUCCCAGCUCAGCCCUGCCCAGCACCUCAGUGUCACCGGGCUGGAUCUAAAGCUCCUGUUGGGAAUUACAAUCCCUGCUGUCCUGAUUCUGGCUGUGGUGCUUUAUCUGCUGGGAAAGAAAGUUGCAUCUCUGGCAAGGGAUCAAAGGGAACGAGUCCAGCGUGACAUCAGCAACACUCCUGAAGAUCAUAUUGAAUAUGCCUCUGUGAAUUGGCUGAGAAGCUCCAAGCAUCCCCGGCCCCAGAGAGAAGAGACGCCGACAUAUGCGACCGUCGGUCAGCAGCGGGACAGAUGUCAUUAAUGCUCCACUUGCUGAAAUGCAGGACUCGUCAGUGCGCAGUUACAUUGCAGAUCCUCCCAAAACCAGAGACAACCAUAGGGGCUUUGCUGCAAGGAAAUUGGGGACCAUCUCUGAGGCCAAAGCUGGACAAUGCACAGUGCCCAAAGUAGUACAGGAAAAAAUAAAAUUGGGGAAAAUAGCCAAACUUGGUAUUCCUACCCUCUUUGUAUCGAUAGCUCAACUCCUGAGUCCACUCAGUGCUGUUCAGAGAUUCCAUUGCCAACUCAAAGUUUACAAAAAUCAUGAGGAAGGCAAGGCCCCCUAAAAUCCCAAAAGUGAGUACUGCUGAAGUCCCUGUGUGUACGUGAGACAUCCAUUGGGGUGCGUGUCCUUCCAGUGCUGAGAAACACCCCGGCACCCCACACAGAUUACUCCCAGUCGCUGUUCUCUGGCCAGUCAUCUUGUGACGCAGCUGACUGGAGCCUUACACUAAUGGGAGAGUGAAACAAGGAA